UGAAGCAUAGUAUCCUCUCUUCACAGAGGAAGACCUAGCUAUAGUAGUCUGUUCUCAAGGCAACUCAGAGAACUUGAACAUGAAAGUGAAGACUGCAUAAGAUGGACAGCUCCAUCUUGAACAUGUCCAAAUGAGAGAUAAACAUGUCUCCAGUCUCCAGAGGGGAAAUGAAGAAAAGGAAAAAGACAGAAACACUGAGAGCUUGAUGACUAAUUUUUCAAAUAUCUAUGCAUUGGACCUGUUACCUGCCAGGAAUGGUGAAGAAUUCACAGAACAAUUCCUGCUUGAAGUGGUAGAAAUCCUCCUGAAUUAUAUUAAAAAAUCUUUUGAUGACAAGAGUAAAGUUCUGGACUUUCAUCACCCCCAUCAACUUCUGGAAGGUUUGGAAGGAUUGAACUUGGAACUGUCUGACUAUCCAGAGCCACUGGAACAGAUACUUGUUGACUGUAGGGAUACUUUAAAAUAUGGAGUUAAAACAGGACAUCCUCGCUACUUCAACCAACUCUCCAGUGGUCUUGACAUCAUUGGACUAGCUGGUGAAUGGCUAACAGCUACUGCAAAUACGAACAUUGCAGCACUGAACAACAGAAAGUCAGAACAUCCCAGGUUUACAUAUGAAAUAGCUCCGGUGUUCACUGUCAUGGAGGAGAUCCUUCUCAAGAAAAUGCAUGAAAUGAUUGGAUGGGGAGAAACUGAAGCAGAUGGUAUUUUCUCACCUGGUGGGACGAUAUCGAACCUUUAUAGCAUUCUAGUGGCUCGUUACAAGUAUUUUCCUGAGGUUAAAACUAAAGGCAUGGCAGCACUUCCACAAAUUGUAUUGUUUGCCUCUGAACACAGCCAUUAUUCAAUAAAGAAAGCAGCAGCAACCCUUGGGAUUGGGACAAAUAAUGUAAUUGCAGUAAAGUGUGAUGGCAGGGGGAAGAUGAUCCCAUCAGACUUGGAGGCAGAAAUACUCAAAGCCAAGAGACAGGGACGUACCCCCCUGUAUGUCACUGCCACAGCUGGAACCACUGUAUAUGGAGCCUUUGAUCCUCUUGUCAACAUUGCUGAUAUAUGUGAGAAGUAUAAACUCUGGAUGCAUGUGGACGCAGCAUGGGGCGGUGGGCUUCUGAUGUCUAGGAAACAUUCCUGGAAACUUCAUGGCAUUGAACGAGCAAAUUCUGUUACCUGGAAUCCACACAAAUUAAUGGGCGUUCCACUUCAAUGCUCUGCCUUCUUAGUCUGUGAAAAGGGUCUUCUGCAAGCCUGUAAUCAGAUGUGCGCUGGAUAUCUGUUCCAACCAGAUAAACAGUAUGAUGUAACUUAUGACACAGGGGACAAGACAAUUCAGUGUGGCCGGCACGUAGACAUUUUCAAACUUUGGCUAAUGUGGAAAGCUAAGGGAAAUCAAGGCUUUGAUAUUCUUAUCAGCAAAUUCCUCGAACUAGCAGAUUAUCUUUACAAGGAGCUAAAAGCAAGAGAAAAUUUUGAGCUUGUAUUUGAUGCUGAACCGGAAUUCACCAAUGUUUGUUUUUGGUACAUCCCACCAAGUCUCAGAAGAAUGCCAAAUGGACCAGAACGAGAGAGAGUACUUCAUCAGGUUGCUCCAAAAAUCAAAGCAUGGAUGAUUGAAAAAGGGACGAUGAUGGUUAGCUACCAGCCCCAUGGAGACAAAGUCAAUUUUUUCAGAAUGGUUUUUUCCAACCCUGCUACCAGGAAAUCAGAUGUUGACUUCCUCCUUGAAGAGAUUGAAAGACUUGGGAAGGAUAUAUGAAAACUAAUAUUGAACUUUGAAAUGGGGAUCAAUGUUACCUUAGCACAGUGGGUGCCAUUUAAAAUGACACUUUAUGAACUGCAAGCGUUGUCUGUUUCUUCUUAACACCUGUCCUUCUGGUGUGACUACUUUAUAGGAUCUGGGAGCUACUUGAUGGGAAACUAGUGCUUUUGGUUCCCACAUUCGUCCAUCUGAAAUAAGCAGCAUAUCUUUGUUGUGCAAUUAUGGCAACUCCCUGGAACCCCUGUCAUAGUACCAUUUUUGUUUGAGUUUGUCACAUUUUGAAAUGUUUUCACAUCUUGCUUUUUAUUCUGAUGAGCAUCAUCCACAAGAUUUGGCAGCCCAGUUUCCUGUUAAACAGCAUUUCUGCUACGGAUAAUCCAUGCUUUAUGGGUACAGCCCUGUAAUUUAAGAGUGACACGUGAACAUUGGUGUGGGAAUCUGUAGAUUUUUUUCAACAUUUUUUUUCACUAUUUAUUCUCCAUUUUCCACCAGGCAAUUGGAUUGUGAGUAUUUAGGACUUGAAGUGUUGUGAUGAAAUCCAUAUUUGUUUGCAAACUCUUUAAACUCAAAACAGUUAAAUUAAGGUCUAUUAUCUGUUCUCACAAUUUAUAGAAUCCCAUGUCUAGCAAAAAGUGAUUUGUUGUGAGUUAUGACAUGGUUUGCUGCUGUGCUUUCAAGCAAUGCACUUCAGGAUAGGGGAAUAAUAAUCCAGCACUAAUACAUAAUAUUUUCCUGCAUGCAUGAAUAAGUCAGUGCCCACUUGCAGCUACGGGCUCCUCCAUGACCAUCACGGGCUCUUUUUUUUGCACUGAUCUGUACUUUAUGCACGUUUACAGCGUCUUCUAUGUCAUUAUUUAUGUUGGGCCAAUAUAGAGCACCCUUGCUUUCUUUUUGCAUUUUUCAAUGCUUAGAUGCCCCUCAUGUAUUCUGUUUAACAUGUCUUUCUUUAGCAUAGCUGGAACAAUAAGUCAUGAGCCUUUGAAAAAAAUGCCAUCCAAUACUGACUGGUUUUUUCUUGAACUGAGGGUAGGGGCCAGGUAUAUGUUUCCCAGGCCAACCAGCACAAAUGGCUGUUAUCACUUUUUUGCAAUGUGGUGUCCUGGAGCAGUAGCUUUUGCAAUUAGUGCCCACAUUUAAUCUGUGACAGGACUCAUAGUACAUGUUAAUCAAAUUAAAAGAAUGUCUGAGCCUGGAAUUCUGUUAUUUUCUGUUGUCAUAUGCUCUGGACAAUGUAUCUGCAAUAAGUAGAUGUUUCUCUGGUGUGUACUGUAUGUCUAGAUCAUGCAUUUGCAGUUGAAAAAAAAGUCUCUGUAAUCUGGGUGGCAUGUCUGAUAAACCUUUCUUUGCUAUAGUUACCAAAGGUUUAUGAUUAGUUUCAGCUAUCACAGGUUUUCCAUAGAUGAAUAUAUGGAAUUUCUUCUGGGUGGGCAGGGCUUCUUUGUGGUGGCAGUCCUGAAAGCAGUGCAGGGUCAGUGCACAUCUGGUGGCAAAGUCACAACCUUCACCUUAACGAUUUAAUAUUCAGCCAAGUGUUGCUAGAUGUGCACAUUAAGGAAGGUUAGGCAUUAAUUUGGAUCCCUAUUUGUACCAUAUUUACUCACAUGCUACAUUGUUUCCCCCCAAACCCCCAAAAUUUGGGGUGCCUGACCUCCACAAGAAAGUUGAUUUUUCUUGGCUGGAAUAAAAGUAGGGACUUGCCGUGCUGCUACUUCUUUGUGGCUCAGAAAGGGUGGUGUCCAGUAUUACGUCUCAUUGUCUGAGCUUGUGCCUGAAAUAACAUUAGAGUUGGCAUGAGGAUGCUGCAUGCACUCUGGAAUAUUUUGUUGAGGCUUGUGGUAUGGAAACAACACUUUAUUUAUAGGAACUUAUAGGGAACUAUUUGCAGUAAAGAAAUAGCAGUCUUGCUACUGACUUUCCAAAGGUCUACGGUGUCCUGCCACAUUAGGAAGUUCCGGCUGCCUCACCCACACUAUCUCCUGGGAUGCCGUACUUUGUGGAUACUCUGAGUUUCCAGGAGGACUUACUUUGUCGCAGAGAUGCCCAUGACUUAAAAAAGAAAAUCUGUUUUUCCACAUUCUGCUUUCCAGAAACAAGGUGCGCGUCUUGGGGGUAUGUGGAAUGCAGGAAAAUGAGUAUAUGAACAUGUAUAUAUUUCUCCCAAUAAUUUUUGUAUGAGAUCAAUUUUCAGAUUCCUUACAAAUAAGUGGCUUGCAGUUGCCCAUAAAUUGGAUGAAAUGACCUCAUGAGAUUUUCCUUUCUAAUUUUCUUAUGUAAUAUCUGUUGCAUUUGUUGCUAGCUUAGUUGUUUGCCUUUGUGCUGCAUUUAUUUUUGGCUCUAGAGUAUUGCACAUGUCAGGGAUUUCUUAUCCCUGUGUCUACAAUAAACUAUGGAACGUAUGAGGAAAAAUCAAAUUUGUAUUUGAAAUCUUAUAUAAUUUUGAGAAUUGCUUCUUUCAGGUAUUAGAUUGGAAAGGUAAAUUAAAG